GAGUGGUUGCGAUUUCUUCAAUUUCGUAAACUUCUAGGGAAGAGAGGGGAGAUAGGGAAAGUGAGAAGAGGGGGGAAACCCUAGAUUCGAUCUCCAUUCGAUUUGGUUCGUUCUCGAAUCGAAGCGAUGGUGUUCUACUUCAAGGCCCGACCUGAUGCUGGCGACUACACAAUCUUCAUGGGGCUUGAUAAGUUCGAGAACGAGGAGCUCAUCAAGUACGGCUUCCCUGAAGACGUCUGGUUUCACGUGGAUAAAAUGUCGUCAGCUCAUGUUUACUUGAGGCUUCAUAGAGGCCAAAGUUUUGAUGAUAUUAGUGAAGGUGUGCUGGAGGACUGUGCUCAGCUUGUGAAAGCGAACUCCAUUCAAGGCAACAAGGUGAACAACGUUGAUGUUGUGUACACUCCGUGGUCCAACUUGAAGAAAACUGCCUCCAUGGAUGUUGGUCAAGUUGGUUUCCACAAUUCAAAGAUGGUCCGGACAAUCAGAGUGGAGAAGCGAGUCAAUGAUAUAGUUAACAGAUUGAACAAAACAAAAGUUGAAAGAACUCCUGAUCUGAGAGCCGAGAGAGAAGCAGUGAAUGCUGCAGAAAGGGCAGAGAGGAAACAACAUCUGAGGGAGAAGAAAAAACGUGAAGAGAUAGAUAGGCUUGAGAAGGAGAGGCAAGCAGAGAUGAGGAGUUACAAGGGACUAAUGGUAACUGAUAAAAUGACAUCCAACAAAGACAUUGCUUCAAGCCACAAAUCGGUUCAAGAACUGGAAGACGAUUUCAUGUAAAAGCUCUGAAGAAAUGAGAAAAAAA